CAGAGCAUCCAGCAAAGUAUACUUAAAAUCCAGUGGGGGAUCGGAGACUUAUUUCGUUCAGUACAAGACAGUACGUGCAUGCCGUUCGUUGUCACUGUAGACUUGUAGAGCUACCUAUAGCUUGCUUUGCUUGCUCGGAAUUGAAUCGAUAGAGAUGGGGAGGGUGCACCCUUGCUGCUCCGAGGAGAAGAAGGUGAGGAAGGGCCUGUGGUCGCCGGAGGAGGACGAGAGGCUCGCCUCCCACAUCGCCCGCUUCGGCGUCAGCUGCUGGAGCUCCAUCCCCGAACUUGCAGGCUUGCAGAGGUGCGGCAAGAGCUGCCGGCUGCGGUGGAUGAACUACCUGCGGCCGGACCUCAAGCGGGGCCGCUUCUCCCAGCACGAAGAGGACCUCAUCAUUUCUCUCCACAAAGCACUUGGCAACAGCUGGUCCCAAAUCGCGGCGAGGCUCCCGGGGAGAUCGGACAACGAGAUCAAGAACUUCUGGAACGCGCGGCUGCGCAAGAAGCUCCGGCAAAAGGAGGCGUCGACGUCGUCCACGGCAGUGAGCAAAGAACCCGCUGCGAGACGCAACCAGCCCAACGCCAACGCCGAAGUCGACGACCGGUCAAAACCGGCGCCGUCGGUGUUCACCCCCUUCGUCCCGGACCACGUCGCCGCCGCCGCGGGCGCUUCUGGCGCGAGCAGCUGUGACGAUUCCUCUGCUGCCGGAAGCUUCUUUGCUGACCCAGCCGCGGCGACAUGUGCCGCUGUUCAUCUCGCGGACGGCGCAGCCGAUGACCGGAAUGCCGCGGCCGCCGAGUCGGGGGUGACGCCGACGCCGUCGCUGACGACGAGCACGAGCGCGUGCACUGACGACGCGCGGGGCAGCUGCGAUGACGGAUUCUUUCGGGCGAUGGUCGACGACCCCAGCUUCCUGUUUGGAGAUUUCUACCUCGAUGGCGACGCCGGUCACCAUGGACAGAUCAUGAGCUUCUGGGAAGGCCAUGCGUUCAGUUGAUUUGUUUAAUUUCUUCUUGCUGCGGUGAUAUUUGGGGCAACACAAAGUUACGACUUCGAUCAUUUCAUUGUUGUGUAAGCGUAUGCAUGCGGAAUCAAAUGUGAAAGUUCAAAUGGAAUAAAAAGGACGAAUCUGUA